AUGAUUGCCGAAAAGACUGGUGUGCAAAAUACGAAGGAGCGCCUGAAAAGCUUUUGGACCACCCUGGGUGUUGUUUCUGCCCUCAUGGCCGCCUUGACCUAUCCGGCGGUCUCGGCUCCGUCUGUCAACAAGCACACCAGUGGACAUGGCCCCGGCACCGUCGAUGACCCCUUAUUCAUGUCGUACGUUCUUCUCAACACCAGCAGCCUAAUUCUGUCCUUCAUGGUGGUCAUCAUCUCGGUCGUACUGCUCGCGGAAGUGGAUCUUGUCGUAACAGAUGACGAUUUGGAGACCUUCAUUUCUCGCUACCAGUACUUGUUUUUGGGCCUAACCGGCAUAUUCGGCUUCUCAAUCUUGACUAUCAUCGCCUCUAUCAUCGUCAUCGGCUUCUUUAAUUACAACAAUGCAACCGCCAUUGCCUCCGCCGUCAUCUGCAUCACCGGCACUGUGAUUGUAGCCAUCGUGUCCACGUGGUUGGCUUUGUGGACACGUGCGCGGCUCAAGGUCCACAUAGCGGAGGCCAAUGAGCUGCUCAAGACCGCCGUCAGUCGACUUAGAAAAGCCAUAGCUCCUUCGCCCCCAUCAGCCGCCGCCACCGCCGCCGCCGCCACGGCCACUACCGCCCCAGCCGCCACUGGCACCGCCGUCGCCGCCAUAAUCGCUGGGGCUGGCGGCACCGCACGUCCUGUCGGUAGCACUAUGGUGGCGGUUGUGGACGAGGAUAACCCCUCACAUCCCCGGGGGAAGCCCUCCUUGUGA